AUGACGACCGCACGGUCUGAAGGUACCGACGGCGACGAAGGAAACAAGCUGGAAGACCACAUACAAGCAUUGCCGCAGGAACUGCAAGACAAGAUCCUCGACUUCACCCUCAUCGCUGCCGUCGAAGGUGUCCAGGCGGUCAUCGACGACACGCCCCCAUGGCAAAUCAGCGUCAACUCCAGGACGCGCAAAUUUGUUGCGCCAAAGUUCUACGAGACUGCCUCUUUUGUGGUCCCGGAGCGAGUUGUCAUUGCAAGAGAGGCGCCCAAUCUGCAUCUCCUCACCCAGUGGCUCAGAAAGGUUCCGACACUCUACCGAUCCGAAAUCCAGGAGAUCCGCAUUCGCGGCGAAGUACCUGCGCGACCAUCAACGAUCGAGGAAGAGGUGCAGCUGUACAGCGAUCAUAUGAUAGCCAUAAGAGACACUCAUUUCAUCAUUGGAAGGCGUGGGUACGAUUUCGGCCCGGACGUCAUGAAGUUGCCAUGCUACAGCAGUGACAAGGACCUAACAGUGCUUACCUGGCUCUCCUACGAUGAGAUUGGCUGGGUCAUCAAACAACUCCUCUCAAAUAUGGAAGACGACUCGGAGAGUGAGCUCGACAGCGGUGAGGGGCAUUAA